AUGGAGAAUGGGGGUCUCAAGGCCUGUCAGAAGAGGCCCAGUGUAUAUCUUUGCAACAACCACUGUUCAUAUUUCCUAAAGUGUCCCAAUUCCAAUACCAUAUGCUGUUCAACCUACUGCGGGAACGUUUGCAUGAACCGCCUGUGAGUGGGUCUGUGUAUUCUGUUCCCCUAACCUUCUAAAACUGUGCCUGCCACCUUAAAUCCUGGGCAAAGGGCUGUCAACCUCCUCACUAUCUGGAUGGCUUUUUUCUGUCAAAUAAACCAGAACAAAUGCCCUAGGACUGGCCUAUUUUAUUCCUAGUGCUUGUGAUCAUUGAGAACCCAGUGCAG